UCUCAUUGGAUCGUCAUCAGUAUUUUGGUGCGAAGUAUUCUCGGAUAGUCGGAACAAUUUAAAGAAUUUUCAAUAUUUCUGCGUGUGUGUUGGUUUUCUGAGUUGGUUGGCAAUGCGAUAUACAGGGUUACAUGCCACGAGCGAAUAUGAGCUAGAAGAUGGUGAUUCAAACGCUACUCAAAGCUUCGACUUCAACAAAACGUCAAUGUUUACUGGAUACAGGCAGAUUAUUUGUCAGAUAAACGUAUUACUUCUUGUCACUGUGAACUGUUGCACCACCUUCCAUGUUGUAUACAUCAGGAAUUUUCUAAUAAUCGUAGCCGACAAUUUGCUGCCCAAUCACAUCUUUCCAGAUUUAGCCAGGACAAUGUUGUACGGAUCAGUUUUUGUUGUACCUCAGAUAUGUGUUCUUGUUAUGAGUCAUGUCGUUAAACAGUUUGGAGCAUUCAAAGUGUGCCAGAUAACUUUUUACAUAAAAAUUGUUUCCUCGGCAACAAUGUACGCGAUUGGUCCACAUCACUCAUGGAUACUUGCUUCAUUUAUUUUGACCGAUUCAAGUAUCACCAUAGCUACCGGGCAGUAUUUUGAUUUACUGAUGUCUGACUGCAUUGACGAAGACAUGAAAACAUAUAACAAAAGGUCACCUCGAUCGUCGAUGUUUUAUGGAAUGAAUGCUUUAUUUGUCAAACCUACACAGUCACUUGCGCCAAUGUUGGUGCUCGCCAUUUUGAGUAGAAGUGGUUACGAAUCCGGGAAAGAUGAAAUGGCGUCUGACCCAGAUGAUAUUUUGAACCUUCACGAAGUCAUGUUUCAAAUUGUAUGUUUUGUGCCAUUGAUUCUUGGGUUGAUACAGACGUUGAUCUGGACUAAAUAUUCUCUUCGAGACAGUCAUUUGGACACAAAAAGAUUACAUGUGGUAUAAUACGUCCACAAUGCGCUGUACAGUAAUAAAAUUGUGUUUUUAACCAGUUUACCUAUAUAUUACCCGUUCGUUUCCUUAUUGUUUGUUUAAAAUUCAACAUAAUUCAGAUUUCAGGGUUAGACAAAUCUUUCGCUGUCGUGAAUUCUCCUACCUUGUCACCAGAUGUUCCUAUUUACAUAUAUUAAAUAAAAGAUUACUAUAAUUAUUA